AUGAGCGCAGCGCCAGUGCGGGGUGCUGAGUCGUCGGCCCGUCAUGCGACGCCUGCGCGCCUCACGUACCCACGAGCAGCACAGUCAGAAAUUGUUCGUGCGCAUCAAAAGGAUGUGUACUACCGGGACCUCUUCUCCUCGCAGCUCAAAGAGGUCGCGAGUGAAUUCCUUGGCGCACGCCGCAGUCAUGUCUAUGCCGAAUCCUUGUCGCUCGUCGCCAGUGUCGCUUACUUUGGCCUGAGCACGCUAGGCGGUGCUCAGUCGCUUGGUGAGGAAUAUGUCAACGCAAUGAUGCGUGACCGGCCGACGGGAAAGAUUGUGAAUGCCAAGCGCCGUGCAAUUUUUAUCGCAUUGUACAUCGUCGCGCCGUACCUACUGACCAAGAUGUACGGCAUGAUCCGUAUGUCGCUUGUGCGCAAGGACCAAGAAAUUGCACAGCGCCGGCAACGCGAAUUAGUGCGUGCGCAAAUGGCCGCACGCGACGAGAAGUCAACCAAUACCCCUCCCAGUGUCGGCAAGAAACUGCAGCGCCGGUGGGAAGCGACGAUCCAGUGGCUUGCCCUCGUCCUCCCUGGAUCGCACGUCCUCGCUGCAUCAAACGGCCUUCUCGCCUAUGCAUCGGCGGCACAGUUAGCCGUCUUUUACCUCUUUGGGCGGUACUAUACGGUGGCGCAUCGCCUCGCCAAGGUCGACUAUGUUUAUGCGAGUGCCAAGCGCCCCAACUCGCGUCCUCAGUCGUAUGAGGUGCUCGGUGUGCUGCUCGGUACUCAACUUCUCGUGAAGCUGGGAAUGACGGUAUACUCUGCCUACCAAACCUACCAAGAAAAAGCGGUUGGCGCCUCGCACGACACGGGCGACGUGCUCGGCACGCACGACCCAGCCGUGCGUCCUUCUCGAUCCGUGGUGCUGGAUGAUACCUACUAUUCCCAUGCCGACCACGCGAUGACGAAGCGCACCGAAACGAGCACGGAUCCGACCAUUCCCCUCGAGUACCCCGACCCCGAGGCGCCCGCCACGGCCGAGCGCCUUGGUCUUGCUCAAGGCGCGCAGGCCGCGGAUCGCCAGACGUUCGAGGCGGCGGUCACCGAGAGUCGUGCCAAGACGACGCAGCUCGAGGCGAUUGCGGACGAGGUGCUGCGGUGCACGCUGUGUAUGGACCGGCGCACGCCUGAAGUGGGCAACAGUGCCGUGACCGAGUGUGGCCACGUCUUUUGCUGGGACUGUAUUACGGGCUGGAUCAAGGAGAAGCCCGAGUGCCCCCUGUGCCGUCAGUCGGUGCAAUGCAACCGGCUUGUGCCCAUCUACAAUUUGUAG